GGAACGGGAAGUGAUGUCGAUGGGUUUACCCUAUUCAAAGACCGCGAUUGGUUCAGCGCCGAGGCGAGACUGAGGAACCGAGGGAGAAAACAAACAUAGGAAGCAGCCAACGUUUGCUACAAACCGAGGAUUACAUUAAGAAAUCAUUAAUGCACUGUUUACUUAAGAGGACCAACUCUAGCCAUCGACAAUGUUUACGAAUUUGGAGAAGUGCCCGAGGAAUUUAUUGGUGUGCGAGAAAUCCUGUUUCAUGAAUGAAAAAUCGCGGCAUGACAUACACGUGGCCAAACACUAUUUUAACUACAAGGUGUCCGUUUUAAUACCCGAGUGUGGAGUUAUUCCAUCCAGGCUGAAGAGUGUUGUAAACGGGUUUACAAAGUAUUAUCUAGUGAGGGAUUUGCCAGUGUAUAAACUGCUGGAGGAGGAGUUUCUGGAGAAAGUAGCAAGCAAAGGCUCCAUCUAUGCACUCUCCUACAAGACCAAAAUCGACCAAGACAACACCAUUGCCCUUCUCCCCACCGGUCUGCUGAUACUGUCUGUGGAUAAGGACACAUAUGAGGAGCUGGGUCUUGAGGGGCAGGUGUCGCAGUACAACCACAGACAACCCAUGAGAUAUGUGAUAACCAUUGAUGUGACCAGUAAGUCUGUGGCCCUGGGUACAAAACGGUACAAACGGGCGAUGUGGGCCUUGAAAGAGAAGAUGCCACUCAGGAGUGACUUUCUGCUUGCCAGACACAGUACAGCGGGAGAUGAGGAGGGAACACUGCAGUCCUUCCUCUCUCAGCACAGCUAUAAGGAGCUCAGGCCCUCCGUCAGCAUCCAGACCCUGAAGGACCUGCCCUGCCCGUCUCUGGAUCCUGCCGCUCUGCACGGGGGUGCAGAAUUGUGCGAGCCGCAUCAGUUCCUGGAGUGGCUGGGGGCUGUCACUAUGGGUGUGAAAUGUGACAAUGAGGCAUCCAACUUUGUGUCCACGUACUGCUGCCCAGAGCCCCAGAGCUCCAUCAGCCAGGCACUGCUCUGCACCGUCACUGGGCUGCUGCUUCCUGAGGACAUCCACUCUUUACUGGAGGAGCUACGGCGGUACUUUGACGAGCCCAGGUUUACAUCCUGGCUUUCGGUGACGGUGCACGGCUUUGCGGACAGUCCCAUCUCCUGGGGUACCACUGAGCACGGGUACCACAAGGGUGGGGAGAACUUCUACAGUUUUGUCGUGUUCAAGAAUCAAGACUACUGGCUGCACAUGGGCACUGGCACUAAUGAUGGUUGCCCUUCCUGAGAGACAUCCCUUCAAAAGACUCUCAUCUCAUUUACACGCGUUUCUCUAUUGAGAGACCAAUGCAGUUUUACUGUAAGUGUGGACAACCACGUAUCUGACCUUCAAAGAAAGUUGGAAUGUUGAAGAUGGAAUGGAAGUUGCUGUCAUUUUCAUUGACAGACAUGUUUCAGAUGUGGAACAGUUCAUGUUUUUAAUUUGUCAGUUCAUCAGGAAUCAGUUCAUUGUUUGUUGUCCCAAAAUGACCAUUGUGAAUGAUUUUUUUUUUCCAUGAGUGGUGCAGUCUUCCAAAAAUAAUUGUACCUCUCUCUUCACC